AUGGCCAGACCCAUGGACAAAAUGGACCGUACCACUUUCCUGUACAACGUACCGCCCAGCCUCAUCGAGCACUGGUGCAAAAUCAUCGACAGCGGGGACGACCAGUUCGGCUGGCGCGGAUUAGCCGCGCGCAUCGUGCCGAGCUGGCUCGAGGUGCGGCGCGCGGAGCGGCUCGAGGCGGCGAUCCUCUUUGGCCGGGCGUCAUUGCGUCACUGCUAUUACCUGGGGGCCAGCAGCGAUGCAGCGACCCGCGUCACGGCGUCCGUCGCCCGGCCUCUGUCCGUGCACGUGCCGGUGGAGAAGAUCUGCCAGCGGCUCGGCAGCACCGACAAACAGAUAUGUGAACUGAAAUAUGAGCAGCAGCUGUGGGACCUGAGCAGCGCGGGGCUGCUGUCGCUCCGCGUGGCCGAGCUGAAGAGAGUGCUGUCGUCCUGGGGAGAGGAGUGCCGCGGUUGCCUGGAGAAGCACGAGUUUGUGGAUCUGAUCCAGGAGAAGGCCCGGCAACACCAACACGAUCAACAUGAACACCAUAUGGACCUGUGAUGUGAUUCAGGAGCAGGGUCGAACGGACCGGAACGGUGUCGGCUCACCAGAGUUCAGAGUUCACGUGACCAAUCAACGCAGCGACAGUUGUUGAGCUGUUUUUAAAAAACUAAGAACGAGGCAAACAGAUUUUCAAUACAUGGAUGCAUAGCGGAAUUGACUCCAUGUUUCAAAUCAAUUUAUAUCACAAACUAAAGUCCACAUGAAUGAACAGUUGAAUUCACAAUAUUCUGCACAUGCGCAAUGGUGUAUUGCCCAACCUGAAUGCAGAAAGUGAAGAAUCUGUUUUAUACCGUUGAGUCCAUGGUCAGAAGACCACAAUGAUCAGACCAUCUAAAUACAUCUGGAAGAGUUGUAUGCUAUAGAAAUGAUCAAUUAUGUGCACUCAUCAAUAAACACACUUUUAAAUAAUUUGGUCGUCCCUUUGAAAAUAAUUCUAGAAACGCAGACCUUGAAAUAAGAAUACAACUUCAGAAUUUGUGUUGGUCUCCAACUACUAUUAAGACCGGACUUGGUGGUAGCAACAAAGACGGGAACCCUCAAGUUGAGAGAGACAGUGUGUUUGCAUCUUAUUGGUUGCAUAUUGGUUGAAGCGUUUGACCAAGUUCAUUUUUUGGUUUAUUUUACAUCCAGUAUCUUCCAGUCAGUCCAGUUUAGAUUUUUACUCAUCGACAAAUAAAUUAGAUUGCUUCAUGCAGUAGCCUCCCGUUUCUUUAAUUGGAUGCAUAAGUACACAUCAAAUUGCACAUACUUCCCGUUUGUCUAUAGUAUUAUAAACCCUUAUAUCCCCAUCUCCACAUAGGCACUUUGAAAAGCAUUAAGCACAUGAUUCAGUC